UCUAAACUAUCAUAUAUCACACCAGAAGGACUGCGAAUCGAUGGAAGACGCAGCAAUGAGAUACGAAGAUUGAAUAUGAGAAUGGGAGUAUUUAGUAGAGCAGAUGGAUCAGCAUAUUAUGAACAGGGCAAUACAAAGAUUGCGGUGGCAGUGUAUGGACCAAGAGAGGUCGCUUCAAAUCAGCGCGCACUACAUGAUCGCGCCGUUGUAAACUGCGAUUUCUCCGUGGCGACAUUCAGCAGCAGUUCAGAAAGAAAGAUACGAGGCAAGGGCGAUAAACAAUCGUUUGAGAUAGCAGCACUGAUAAAGCAAGCGUUCGAGUCCACGAUACAGGUGAAUCUGUUCCCCAGAUCACAGAUUGACAUAUAUAUACAGGUGCUGCAGUCUGAUGGAGGCCUGAAAGCUGCCGCCAUCAACGCUGCGACUCUGGCCGCGGUCGACGCCGGCCUGCCGAUGCGCGACUUUGUCUGUGCAUGCUCGGCGACCUACAUUGAGGGCGUGCCCCUGCUGGACCUGAACCACAUGGAGGAGCGAUCGGGCGGUGCCGAUCUGCUGCUGUCUGUGCAGCCACAACUUGGCGGAGUCAUCUCGCUCAACAUGGAGUCAAAAGUGCCACAGGACAUGUUUGAAUCAGUCUUGGAGUUGGCCAACAAAGGAUGCAUGAAGAUAUUCGCUCUGAUGCAGGCAGAGGUCAAGAGGCAUUCAGCAGAGCUGCUAUCCAAUCAAUUAGUA